UUGUAAUUAAACAGCUUAUAUUUCAAGUUAAAAUAAUUUGCAUGAAAAUUUUUUUUUAAUUACACAAAAUUUGAGCAGGUAAUAUAAUAAUACACAAUCUACACUACAGACACACCUUAAAAUACUUAACUUUAUCAAUUGCACAAAAUGGAUGGGCACAGAGGAAAUUCACUGUGCAAAACUUGGCUUUUUUGAUUCGGACAUAAAAAGAGUGAGCAUGUCAGAGUCGAACAGCCCGUCAUAUUCAGUCGAGAGCGACCGCUUCUUCGAUCCGAAUUUCACCGCUGAAAUCAGCCAGAAGAUGCGCGUUCCCAAGCGUAUCAACGUCGACGGAGUGAGCGAUAUGCCCAACAUGAACCGUUCAGAGUCUCACUGGAUGCCUGCAGAAAAGCUGGACAUGCAUGUCCCCGAGAGGAUCGUCGUAGCCGAGGAUCCAUAUCUGGAUAAUAUUAUGUAUCUGGGCCAAGAAACACAUUUUGGAACCAAAGCCCUCCCUAGGGAAAUAGUCCUGGACAAUACGAUCAUUCCUUCUGACCCAGGCGUUAGAGUUCAGACACCUCCCAGGGUAAUUACAAUUGAUUCGAACUACUACCAUGAUGACUACCAACCUUCGCCAAUUUUUUCCAUGCCACCUCGCAAGCAGGACAUGGACAGGAGGUUCGAUAUGUCACAUGUUAACAACAACUCCGUCAACUUAAAUGAUUCUGUGGCUUCGGUUGAAGGGAUGACUCUUAAUGAGGAAGUUGUCCACCUAAGGAGACAGUUGGCAAAGCUAAAUCGCAGGGUAAUGACAGUUGAGCUGGACAAUCUUCAGCGCCAGAACAGGGACAAAAUCGUCUAUGCGCUUGGUCUUGCUUACUUUUUUUUCAAGACGUUCAUCUGGCUCAGCCGUUCUUCAUAAGUUCCAAGCGGAUGAAUUUCAGCAGUUAGCAGCAUCACGUUUCGUACAACUGUACAUAUUAACAUCGGUUGUAUUUUCCCAUGAAAGAAAAAAAUCAAAAACUGGAUCGCUUGGAAAUUGUAGGCUUUCAGGUUGUAAAUCGUCAUCUGCACCCUACCUUUGUGCCAUUUUUUGUUAGACUUUCCUCUUUUUUUUUGUCUAUUGUUAA